GAUGUAUCUAAGGGUUGCAGGGAUGGAUGAUGGACUCAGUGUCAAGGAGAGAAUAUGCUUUCUUAAUUCCAUGGUGGAUCUUGGAAGUGAUGUCCAAGUUCGUGCUAGUGGGGGACUUCUUGCUGUGCUAGAAACUGAGAGGCUUAUAGACACCUUGGAACAAAGGGAGGGUGGCAAUGCAUCAAUAACCAUUGAUUCAAUCCUAGCAUGGCUUCCUAUACUGUUCAAUAGAGACAAAUUCCUUAAACUCGAUGCAACUGCUUAUGAGGCUCUGCAGAUUUUUCAAAUCGACAAGCAUCCAAGUCACAUGGGAAUUGGCCGAUCUAAGGAAGGGUUUUCCGUUUUUGGAAUGUUUAAUAAGUGUGUUACACCAAUGGGAAGGCGUCUCUUGAGGGCGUGGUUUUUAAGGCCUAUACUUGACCUCUGCAUUUUGAAUAGCCGGCUAAAUACAAUAUCGUUCUUUCUUUGCUGCGAGGAGGUGAUGUCUGCAUUGCGAGAAACACUGAAGUCUGUAAAAGAUAUUCCCUACAUGCUAAAGAAAUUCAACUCUCCAAGUUCCUUGUGCACCGAUGCUGACUGGAAUGCAUUCCUGAAGUGCAUAACUUCCCUUUUGCACAUAAGCAAAAUAUUUGAAGUCGGAAUAUCGGAGUAUCUUCAAGAGAGGUUGGAUUGCCUGCACCUGCGCAUAUUGGAAAGGGCCAACACAUGCAUAUCAAUCGAGCUAGUUUAUGUCUUUGAUUUGGUGAUGGGUGUGAUUGAUACCCAGCGUUCUAAGGAUAAAGGUUACGAGACAUUAGUUAAAGAGGGGCUUUGUGAGGAGCUGGAUGAGCUAAGGCUGGUAUAUGAGCAACUGCCAGAAUUUCUGGAUCAGGUGUCCUCGGCCGAAAUUGCCUCUCUCUCGAUUAAGAAUUAUGGAAACAGAGCUCCUCAAAUUGUUUAUAUUCAUCAAAUAGGGUAUUUAUGGUGCAUUUUUUAUGAGAAGCUUGAUGAAGAAACAUUAGAAAAAAAUGAUUUGGAAUUUGUGUUUUCUGAAGAUGGUGAGGAAAAAAUGUUCUUUUAUCGUACUGCCAAGACAAGAGAAUUGGACAACCUUCUUGGUGAUAUCUAUCAUAAAAUUCUUGAUAUGGAAAGAGCAAUCAUCAGGGACUUGGAAUCUCGUAUACUCCAAUUUGCACCUCAGCUAGUAAAGGCGGUAAAUUUUGCAGCAGAACUGGAUUGCUUUCUAUCCUUGGCACUUAUUGCUCGACAAAACAACUAUGUGAGGCCUAUCUUGACGGAAGAUUCACUUCUUGACAUACAGAAUGGCAGGCAUGUCUUGCAGGAAUUGACAGUGGACACUUUUGUUCCAAAUGAUACAAAGAUAUCUCAUGAUGGAAGGAUAAAUAUCAUCAGUGGCCCAAACUAUUCCGGAAAAAGCAUAUAUGUUAAACAGGUAGCUUUGGUGGUUUUCCUGUCCCAUAUUGGAAGCUUUGUGCCAGCAGAUGCAGCUAUCAUUGGCUUGACUGACAGGAUUUUCUGUGCUAUGGGGAGCAAGCCACUGACAUCUGACCAGUCUACUUUUAUGAUUGAUCUUCAUCAAGUAGGAAUGAUGCUUAGGCAUGCAACACCAAGAUCCUUGUGCUUAUUGGAUGAAUUUGGAAAGGGUACUUUAACAGAAGAUGGUAUUGGGCUACUUGGAGGUGCUAUAGAUCAUUUUGCUAACUAUGUGCAUCCCCCAAAGGUGUUCGUGUGUACACACUUGACAGAAAUAUUUAGUGAGACUUUCUUACCAAAGUCUGGAAAAAUAAAAUUGUACACCAUGAGCAUUUUGAGACCUGAUGAAACCCAAGAUACCGUUGAUGACAUAAUUUUUCUUUAUCGGCUUGUUCCUGGGCAUGCACUUAUGAGUUAUGGUAUUCAUUGUGCCCGUCUCGCCGGUGUACCUCAGGAAAUUGUUGAAAGAGCAACUUAUAUUCUAGACACAAUCCAGUAUGAUAAGCCUAUCAGCCGCUUCCUUGAUCAGAAAAUCGUAGCCAAAGAUCAGCAGUACAAGGAUGCAGCAACUAAGCUGCUAGCUUUCGAUACCUCUAAAGGAGACCUGAACCAGUUCUUCCAAGAGGUAUUCCCUGAAGAUUUCUAAUAUGAAGGACAAAUAGAGAUGGCUUAUAGUAUAAUUUCUGCGUCAAGGUACAUAUCGUAAGAAUUCCAUGUUUGCGUAAGUUGGCAGUUAGAAAGCUUUAAUUCAUAAUUUUCAUGAGGUUUUGCAUUAACAAUCUUCUCUAAAUAUAGCCUUCCUGAACCAUAAAAAUUUUGAAAUUUAGGUGGGAAUGUGUAGUCGGCCAUCUUUUUUUC